AUGACUUUGCUGCCACACUCGCUGCUUUUCACGGCAUCCGCCGUUAUCCUUGCAUUGCCAGAUAUGGUAUUGGGCCUUCCGACGGGCCUUCAGAACGUCCUCGAGAAUACCCAUAGAAGUCAGGAGUACGGAUAUCCUACGGACUUUACCAGGGGAAUUGUCCCUAUUCCAGUUCAUUCCCACAACGAUUAUUGGAGAGAUGUUCCUUUCUACUCCGGUCUUUCAAAAGGAUGCAUCUCAACGGAAGCGGAUGUCUGGCUGUACAAUGGUACACUCUAUGUCGGUCAUGAUACGUCUUCUCUAACAGAAGAGAGAACCCUGGAAUCAUUGUACAUUAAUCCAAUUCUCGAUGUCCUCAAGCGCCAGAAUCCACAAUCGCGUUUUGUGACGUCUCCCACAAACAAUGGCGUGUUUGACACUGCGGUCUCCCAAACGCUUUACUUAUUCAUUGAUGUAAAGACCGCUGGACAUGAGACCUUCAAGGCUGCGAUUGACGCUUUGGAACCACUCCGUGAGCAUGGUUAUUUGACAACUCUGAAGGAUAACAAGACCAUCACCAACGGCCCCAUUACCGUGAUCGGCACAGGCAACACGCCCUACGACAUGGUUGCGCCUGUCGCAAAUCGGGACUACUUCUUUGAUGCUCACCUCGAGUCCUUGAACGAGCCUGAGAAUGCCGGCAUCACAGAUCUGAUCUCGCCCAUCGCGUCUACGAGCUUUGCGGAUGCCAUUGGCACAGUUUCGCAGGAUGAUUCUGAAGCGAUAUUGACAGAGAAGCAACUCAGCACUCUCCGCUCGCAAGUCGCGACCGCAAAGGAAAGGGGCAUUGGAGCCAGAUAUUGGGAGACGCCCAGCUAUCCCAUCAGGACCCGUAAUUCGGUCUGGAGAACUCUUCUUAAGGAGGGUGUUGCGCUCCUGAACGCUGAUGACCUCGACGCUGCGGCCAGUUAUUUCUGA